AAACUUGUGAACCCUUAUCACCUGCAAUGGCUACCAAUGGUCACGCAGUGAACGGAGAAGCUCAUGUUAUGCAACAAGUCGCACAACAACCAGCUCCACCAGGACCAUUAGCUCCGCAAGGGAUCGGAAGACAGAACGAAAUUGUGAUCGGAGGACGUGAUCGACGUUGUGAGAUCUAUAAAUUCACGUCUGAUCAACAGUUGUAUGCAUCGGCAUGGAGCAACAAAAAUGAUAUCAAAUUUCGACUUGCUGUGGGAACAGUAUCCGACGUGUCCGUUAACCCAUGUGCCGCAAACAAGGUAUCAAUUGUACAACUAAAAGACGAAACUGGCGAGCUUGUCGAGACGGCGAGCUUUCCAAUGGAGUUCCCAGCCAAUGCAGUCGGUUUUAUUCCGGAUCCAGACAACGUUUACCCUGAUCUCAUUGCCACAACAUCAGAUUGCCUUCGCCUCUGGCGAGUAGUUGAUGGAAAAGUUCAUCCAGACGCAGUUAUGAUCAAUAAUACUAACUCACAAUAUGGAUCAGCUUUGACAAGUUUCGACUGGAACGAGCUGGAGCCGAGGUAUAUUGGAGUUUCCAGUGUAGAUACGACUUGCACAAUUUAUGAUGUUGAGGUUGGUUGCGCAAUUGGGCAGACCAAGCCGACAGCUCCAUUCACACUCAAAACACAACUGAUUGCUCAUGACAAGCCUGUUCACGAUAUCGAAUUUGCUAAAAUCAAUGGCGGUCGUGAUCAUUUUGCAACUGUUGGAGCUGACGGAAGUGCCCGAAUGUUUGAUCUUCGACAUUUAAACCACUCGACAAUUGUCUAUGAAGAUCCAAACAAGGAGAAGCUUCAAAGACUGUCAUGGAACAAACAAGAACCUUAUUUCAUGGCUUUAUUUGCCGAGAACAGUCAAGAAGUUCAAAUUCUUGACAUUCGUAUGCCAUGCAACAUUCUCUGUCGACUCCGUAAUCACACUGGACCAGUGAACGGAAUUGCAUGGGCCCCACACAGUCCACAUCACAUUUGUACUGCUGGAGACGAUUCACAAGCUCUGAUUUGGGAUCUGCAGCAGGUUCCAAGACCCGUUGAUGAUCCGAUUCUGGCUUAUUCGGCUGGUGGAGAGGUCAAUCAAAUUCAUUGGGGUCCUGUACACAGUAACUGGAUUGCAAUUUGCUUCAACAAAACUCUUGAGAUUCUUCGAGUUUGAGCAGAGGAUGUGCGUUCUGUUUGAGAACUAACAAAAAUUUCUCACAUUUCUCAAUUAACGUUAUUUUCCAUUUCCUGUUAUGUUUUUAUGUUUUUAAAUUAUAAUUUUUUGUCAAUUGCUCUGAUUUCAAGUCACUUUCUCCGCCUUUGUUGUGAACAACUUAUUUGAAUUAAUUCCAAAGCAUCAGUAUGAUGAUUCACGAUCUCUUUCAAACCUCAAUUUUCUCACGCCAACACACAAUUGUUUUAUCCACCCGAAAAUUAUUGUUUUAUAUCCUAUUUUUUUCCAUUUUCCAUUGUGAUAAGGUUACAGGAAACCCGAAAAUUUUUUAAGGUGGUUUCAAAAAAAAUUUCAGAAAUUGUA